AUGACUUCAAAAACGCGAGAAACAAAAAUUUAAUUCGGCAUGGAGAUGCCAAGGACGUAUUGGACCAGGAAAUGACCUUUAAAGGGAAUCGCAAGUGCAAUUUUCGCAGUAUUUUAUCACCAAAAAGAGAAGCGUUGCUUGGACUCCUCUCUGACCAGGAACAGCUUUUGCGUUUAUUUAGCUCUGAAGACGACGUUCCUUCCGUUUUCGUGCUUUACAUUCUAUCCUUCGGCAACAUAGAUGGAAAAAUUUGCACCGACCAUUACGAGAGUGAGGAUUCUGACAAAUUCAUUUCCUUCUCCACGACCGAUAUUUUCGACUCUUUAAAAAAUCUGACGCUUUUUGACACCUGCCUCAAAAUCGUCAACUUUGGGCCAUGUCGAGGAGAAUAUUUCGACACGAUUUACAGCGCCAACCAAGGGAAGUUUGAUAACGAAAAUUCCUGUCGCAUCACAUACGAACCAAAGAUGCGCAACUUGGUUGUCUUUUACUCCACUGUGGAAACCACUAGAGCCGUACGAGGAGAAUCUGGAACGAUAUUUGCUCAAGAAUCUUGCAAUGUCAUAAACUCGAUGCCGAAGGAUGAGCCCCUCGUAAAUGUUUUCACCUCGAUUCAAUUUCAAAUUUACCAAAAUUCAAAGGGCAACUACGACUUAGAUGAAUGCAAAUACAUCAGCCAAACACCGGAGAUCAAAAUAUUUGCAAUGAAAAGCAACUUUUCCUUCUCAAAGUGAGUUUAAUAAUAAUAAGCUGAGAGUUUCUACGUGAGAACGGGAAAGAUCUUUUACUAAACAGAUGGGAACGAGGUAAUUCAUUGAUAUUUUAACACCAUGCAGUAAUUUUACAGA